AAAAUCAAAACAAUAUUUACCCAAGUGAUCACGUUGGUCGUUUAACAUGGCCGCAGAUCCUGACAAUUCCUCUAAAGAAUUAUCGAAGCAAAUGGAGGAGGUUACAGUAACGGAUAGUGACGAUGAUAUACAGAUGGAUUCUGUAUCAACCCCUGUGCCUGCUAACAAUGCUGUCGAUGAAUUAUCUAAUGGACCUGCUAAAAACGUGGCCGCCGAUACUCAAAAUGGGUUAACAGCCCUUUCCAAAAUAUUAGAUAACCGAUCUGACUCUGACAGCUCUGUUGAAAUCCAAGAACCUAAGAAACGUCGGAAGAUUAUAUGGGCCUGUUUAGUGCCUGAUUGUAAUUCCACUAAGAAGUCUGAGCUAAUUACUGCUAAUGGUACAGUACUCUCCUACUUCAAACUACAGAGAGAUGAGAAGAAGAAAAGGAAAAUAUGCAUUUCAUGCCGGGAGAAGUUGGCUGGUCAGGAGGCAAUGCUGGUUGAGAGAUUGAAGAACAAGCAGCCUAUCCUCGGGGCUAUGCUACCGCUUCCCGAGGUCGUUAACCUCGAGGACUCGGACCAGGAAUCAGAGACGGAUGACAGUGAGAGUACUGAGUUUGAAUUGGAUUUAAGUUCUGAGUUUGAUGAUUGCACUGCAGAGGAAGCUUUAAGACGGAUUAUGCAGUCGACUUUGGAGAAGUACGAUGUUAAAAAUCAGUUUGAUCGAGAAAUCAAGGAAAUCCAAGAUAAUAGGGAGAAUGUACUGUAUCCUCAGAUGGAGGCGGUUACCCAGGAGUUGAUCGAUCUACAGAUGGAGGUGGAUAAAACUCGGAAUGAACUGUAUGCGGCAUUUGAACCGGAAAGGAUAUCCCUACCACCUCUGGAUCUAGACUCUCUGCUAGCCCCUCCUCUUCCCGUCAAGCCUCUGCAGCCUCAGCCUCCUCCCCUGCAGCAGAGUCCAGCUAAACUCGGCCUCAAUCCCUUAAACAGACCUAAUAAGGCAAACCUGGCAGCACGACCUAAAAUAACCGCUAGACCUAAUAUUCUGAUGAGAAGACCCCUGGGUCCGGACAGUCUGGUAGCCAAGGAUCUUCCCCCUAACCAAGUUCCACCUCCAGGAGUUCUUGAGAGGCCUCCUCUAACCUUUGGAGACAAUGUUUACAUGCUCAGAGGAAAUAGUAUAACACUGCCAUGGAAACCUGGAAAGCUGGCAUAUGAAAGUGCUCCAACAGUACGGUUAACUGUGAGUACCCGGUGUAUAGCCCUGUACCGUGAGAAGUCUGAUGAUCUCGGAGAGUUCUACGCCGGGAUAAUUGCUGAGCCACCCAAAUCCUUGAAUAACAACAGAUAUCUUGUCUUCUUUGAUGAUGGGGUUGCUAGAUAUAUAGAACAUAAGGAUAUUCGAGUUGUUUGUCAGUCCUCUCCUGACGUAUCUGAUGAUAUUCAUCCAAACUCUAGUGAUUUCAUCAAGAACUAUCUCUCCCAGUACCCUGAAAGACCGAUGGUAAAACUGUUUGUUGGCCAAGUUGUGAAAACUGAAUAUGACGGAAAAUGGCAUAUAACUAGGGUCAAGCAGGUUGAUGGUAGCCUGGUGAAGCUCAGUUUUGACCAGGAUGACCGGGUAGAAUGGAUUUACAGAGGAAGUACCAGGUUGGGUCCUCUCUUCACGGAGAGAGAGAAGCAGAAAAUUAGAUUAGAGCAGGGACCAAACCAGGUUGCAAGGCGACAUAGAAGAGAGAAUGCACCUUUGAUAGAGUAUACAAGACAGGUGAAUGAUGCAGAUCUGGAUGCUGAUGGGGCCCCGGUAAAGAAGCAGAACGUAGCAAGGAAGUCUAUGGGGAAUAGAGACAGACGGAGUGAUAACAAUGAGCUUGUUAGCUCCAGGGAAACUGAUGGUAACACACAUAAGGUUGAUAUAAGUGAGAGGCGAGCAAGAGGAAAGCCAUAUGAAAAACAUCAGUGCUCCAGCAAGUGUAUACAGUCUGCCAGAUAUAAGUAUGAUGAGGCAGCCCUUCGAGGAACCAAUCCACUCCUUAUACCACUCAUAGUUGGUUGGGAUAGACAGGAGACCGGUUACUACGGAAAGGUUGGUAAUGCUAGAAGAUCUAAGAAGAUAAUGUACACAGCUCCUUGUGGUAGAAGGCUGAGGAACCUGGACGAGGUUCACAGGUAUCUGAGAAUAACCGGAAGUCAGCUUGAGAUAGAUUUCUUUAUCUUUGAUUGGUUUGUUCAAGUAUUUAAUGAGUUUGAGCCAACGCCAAGCCAAGCUAAGCAUAAAAUCCAAGAUCUGAGCUACGGGAAGGAGAAUGUUCCCAUAUCCCUGGUAAAUACCGUGGACAACUCCUACAUCGAGUACGUGGAGUACUCCACCACAAGGAUACCGAAGGAGAAAGUGUUUAUCAACACAAGUAAAGAUUUCCUGAUUGGUUGCGAUUGUGAGGAUGACUGUCAGGAUAAGGACAGUUGUGCUUGUCAUCAGCUGACUAUCCAGGGGACUAAAUGUGAUAUGGCUGGUAAACUAAAUCCUAAUGCUGGAUACAAGUAUAGACGACUGUACGAGCAUGUUUCAACAGGUAUAUACGAGUGCAACCAGAAGUGUAAAUGUGCAAAGACCUGUUUGAACAGAGUGGCUCAACAUCCUCUCAGGAAUAAACUACAGGUUUUUAAGACGCAGAGCCGAGGCUGGGGAGUCAGAACCCUGGUAGAUAUGCCACAAGGAGCAUUUAUCUGCAUCUAUGUUGGAAACCUGUUUGAGGCAGAUGAAGGAAACAAACAAGGACAAAACUAUGGAGAUGAGUACUUUGCUGAUCUUGACAUGAUCGAGAUGGUGGAGAAGAGAAAGGAGGGAUAUGAGAGUGAUGUCAGUGAUGAAGAACUCGAGAAAACUAACUUUUCCUUCACGAAGGAGAGUUAUGGAGGUGGUAUUGAUGAUGUAUCAACCGAAGAUGAAGAUGAUAAUUCAGGUGAGAAGAAUACGGAUAAAGAUUUUAACCCAAUCUGUAAGUUAAAGAAACCUCCCAAGAACACAGAUAGAAUCUCAAGGAGUAAAUUGCACCAGGUUGAUGGGGUAGGAGAUUCAGACUCAUCUAGUGACUCAGAUAACCAGCCUAGUGAUACAGAUAUCCACCCAAUUCCUGACCAAAGGGUUGAUAUAAACUCCUUGAUUAAGAAACCAGAUCCAUUCAAGAAUAAUAUGGUCAGACCAAACCUGGGAGAACCAGUUGCUGGACGGGGACCUGAAGUAUAUGUUCAGCAUCCUGGACAAGUUGACGGUGCAGCAGAUUAUUCAGAUGAUGAAGAGGAUGAGGAUGCGAGGAAAACUAAACCUGGAUUUACUCCCCUAGCUGGUAUACAGGGACCUGGUAUCAAGAAAACAUUCAAAUCUACUCGGAAGUUCUUCGGGCACAAUGAGGAACCUUAUAUCAUGGAUGCCAAAUCUACAGGAAACAUUGGAAGAUAUCUCAACCAUUGUUGUGAUCCGAACUGUUUUGUGCAGAGUGUAUUCGUGGAUACUCAUGAUCUCAGAUUUCAUUGGGUUGCAUUUUUCUCCCAGACGUUUAUUCCUGCUGGGACAGAGUUAAACUGGGAUUAUGCUUAUGAGGUGGAUACUAUUGAAGGUCGGAAAAUAGACUGCAAAUGCAAUGCUGCACAAUGCCGUGGUCGUCUUCUUUAGACUUGAUCUGAGAAGCUCGUCGAUCCAUUAUUAUUACUUAAUUUGUACAAUACUUGUAUGUUUGAGUUGGUAUAUAGGUUAGUAUGUAUGUAUGUAUGUAUGCAUAAUAAUAAUAAUAAUGCCGGCAACAUUAA